AUGGCUCCAAUGACUAGAUCUAAUGCAAGAAUUGCAAGAUUUGCAGUCUUUGCAGUUAUUUUGAUUAUCAGUGGGUUCAUCCUUUCUAAGGGAUCUUCAUACACUGCUGGAAGUGCUUCUCUAGCCCCAGCUGUCCAAAAGGGAACUGUUUCUGAUUCUGGAGCUCCAGCCGCCGGUGUCCCUCCUGCUGAAGUUAAGAAUGCUGCUGAACCAGGUGCUGUUAAGGCUCCAACUGACAAGGAAAUCGCCAAGGACAAGAUUUCUGCUACCUUUGUCUCGCUCGCUAGAAACUCCGAUAUCGACUCCCUUCUUGGUUCCAUCAGACAGGUUGAAGACCGUUUCAACAAGAAAUUCAAGUACGAUUGGGUUUUCUUGAACGAUCAACCAUUCUCUGAAGAAUUCAAGGAAAUUACCACCGCUGCUGUCUCUGGUAAAACCAAGUAUGGUUUGAUUCCUGUUGAACAAUGGUCUUACCCAGACCACAUUGACCAAGAAAAGGCUGCUUUAUCUAGAGAAAAGAUGGUUCAAGAAAACGUUAUCUAUGGUGGAUCCGUCUCUUACAGACACAUGUGUCGUUACGAGUCCGGAUUCUUCUGGAGACACGAGUUAAUGAUGGAUUAUGAAUACUACUGGAGAGUGGAACCAGAUGUCAAGAUCUACUGUGACAUUGACUACGACAUUUUCAAGUGGAUGAAGGAUAACGACAAGGCUUAUGCUUUCACUAUCUCUUUACCAGAGUACGACAAGACUAUCCCAACUUUAUGGCAAGAAACCAAGAAGUUCACUGAUGCUAACCCUCAAUUCCUCGCUGAAAACAAUAUGCUUGAUUGGAUUUCUAACGAUAAGGGUCAAACUUACAACGGUUGUCAUUUCUGGUCUAAUUUCGAAAUUGCUUCAUUGAAGUUCUGGAGAUCCGAAGCUUACACCAAGUACUUCGAACACUUGGAUGCUGCUGGUGGAUUCUUCUACGAAAGAUGGGGAGAUGCUCCAGUUCAUUCCAUUGCUGCUUCCUUAUUCUUGAACAGAGAUAAGGUUCAUUUCUUCGAAGAUGUUGGAUACUACCACGUUCCUUUCCAUAACUGUCCUGUCGACAAGGCUACUAGAAUAGCUAAGAACUGUGUCUGUAACCCUAACGAAGAUUUCUCUUGGAGACCACACUCAUGUACCCCAAGAUACUACUCAUUGAAGGGAUUAAAGAGACCAAGUGGAUGGGAAAACUUCAGUUCUUAG